AUGAAGCCCCUAGUCAUCCUUGCCAUCUCGCUACGCAAUAGCGCCGUUUCUUCUCUUGGAGCAGUAUUCCGUUGUGGUGGAAACGCCCGAGGUCAUCGGACCGCAUUCUAUGCCCUACGUUUCGACACGACAGAUUCCAUGAGCUUGUCGGAACCUCAAAAAAACCCGCGCGUUGAUUCAAUAUACGACUGCGGCCAAUCUCGGAAUGGGGUCAUAAUCAUCCCAUCCUACCUUCCUAUAUCCCGAAUAUUGCUCAGCGCUACCGUCAUUUCGGGAACCAAGGGUUGCGUUAGCGCAGCUGAGCCAACAACUCUUCUUAGAGGCUCCAUGUCCAUGGAAUUUGAAUUCGAACGAUGCAGGAAUAUCACCUGUGCCGCAAAGGCAGUAAAGCCCAAUAGACCAUCGUUAAGAUGUUCAUUCGUCAGGGCGAUAGCAAGAGGGUGUUAUCGCCAGUACCGCCAAUAUGGCCAGCUGUCCAAGGGGCCGCGGACGAAACCAUACCGGCGGCAAGCGCCGAAGGCUGACAAGGUAAUUCCGCUUCGAUGGCGCAGUACUGAACCCUUUUAA